GCUGUCAAUAAAAUAAUAAUAAUAAUAAAAAAUUAAAAACAAACUUCUCAUUAGUUUGUGUGUUUCCACUUGAAGUUCAUGUGUCUUUUCUAACAGCAAAACACAAGUGAAGUGCAACAAGCACCUAGCAGCCAGCUAAUAAGUCCAGCCAAGUUCUUACCAAUGACUAAAAAAGUCAGUCCCUGAUUUAUACUCUUGUUUUGCAGCCUCUGGCUCAUUCACUCUCUCCUCAGCGUCCUCUGUCAACAUCCCCUUCGGUCUUUUCUCCUCUGGUUGCAUUGCCCACUUGCCCAGCUCCGGUUAUGGCAUGACACCAGCAACAUCCCUCUUAGCAUUCCCCCCUGAAAACCUCUUCUUCCCAGAGGUACAAAAAAAAAACGCCUGUGGUACGAACACCGAACAACUCCCGCUGAUGCUCUGAGCUCACAGCCCAGCUAACAAACUGCUAACAGCAGCUACACUUUACUGGAAACUAAAUUUUUGUCUUGUCCAGGUUUAUCAAUGCACGCUGAACUAAUUACAUUCUCAUUAUCCUUAGCUGUACUUAGUUAUGUCAUCUUUUAUUAAAAAUAUUUAUACUGUGGGGCACCCCGGUAGCUCACCUGUGCCCCACAUACCAGGGCUAAAAGUCUUUCCACAGCCACUGUAGUUCGAUUACAACCUACAAAUACUGUAGUAAAAAACAAAACAGUUAUACAUCAUAGCAGACUAAAAUGUCAAAUGUUUACUUCCAAUGUAAGAAAUAAAACAUACUAAAUAUUAAAGUUAAAAGGUCUUUUAACAGUUAAGAUAAUGAAGUUCGAAAUUCAACCUUUUUUCUUGUUAAAGAUUAAAUGUUCUCUUCCAAUCAGCAGCUGGUUCACUUGUCUCUGUCUCUGCGAGAAGAGCUUUUGCAUUCACUCUACACACCACAGGCGCCUCUCCUGCUGUGUCAUGCCAGCAGAUCUAUUUUCAGCCAAUUUUCUGAAAGGCAGACUGGAACCUACCAUCCUAUACAUGAGGCAGAGAGAGAGGGACAUGGGGUAGUUUUGGGGGGUAAAGUUGGGGAGGGGCUUCCAGUUUGGUGGACCUCACAGCUGUUUGGAUAAAAAGGAAGCAACCAAUACACCAACGUCACACUCAGGACACACCCUGCCUAUGAUACAGUGAAGUACAGUGCGGCGCAGUGGUGGCAAGAGGGUGGUAGGGAGACGGUGGGAGUUUGCAUAACAGGCAGCUGCAGCCUGUGGAGAGAGGGAGGGAUGGGAAUGCUGAAUCAGUAAAACUGCAUGAAAGCCCGGGAGAGGGUUGAAGAGGGUAAACGACGGGGGGAGAGGGAAGAGAAAUGUGCCGGCUUGGGUAAGAUGUGCGGUAUGAUGUUUCAUUAUUCAUUUCACCUCUUAUCUGUGAAGGCGGAGCUAACAGUUCACCCCGUUUUACCUCGAGCUCUCCUCAGUUAAGAGACUUUAAAAAAGACUUUAAAUCUCAGUGCUGCUUUCAGAGUACAGAACAUACAAAGCCGGAACUGCCCCCUUUACAGUUUUCAGCAAGCCAGAAAAACCAGUGAGAUGGAGGUAGACAAAGUGGUGCAUUUGCCAAGGUUGUCCCGGGUCGCUGUGUGCGGUGGUACCCAUGGCAAUGAGCUGUCUGGAGUGUACUUGGUGAAAGAGCUGCUCAAAGCAAAGAACGUUAUGAAGGAGGAUAAUGAUGAUGAGGAAAGGCCUGCGUCUGUGCUCAUGGUGUUGUCGAACCCGUGGGCCAUGCAGCAGUGCCGCAGAUACGUCAACACCGACCUGAACCGCUGCUUCACCCAUGCCGCCCUCAGUGGUCCAGUAUCAAAAAAAGACCCCUACGAGAUGAUUCGAUCAAAAGAACUGAACGCCUUGCUGGGUCCUAAAGGAAGUCCUGAGGCGGUGGAUCUUGUUUGUGACCUCCACAACACCACAUCCAACAUGGGCCUGUGCCUCAUCGCCUACUCUGACUGCGACUGGAUCUGCCUGCACAUAUUCAGAUACCUGCAGAGGCAGAUGCCAGAUAUACCAAUGAGAUACAUCCAUCUCGAUGUCUCCAGUAAAGAGUCAUAUUCCCUUGAUUCAGUUGGAAAACAUGGAUUUGCCAUGGAGAUCGGCCCCCAACCCCAUGGUGUGGUGAGGUCAAACAUCUAUACCACAAUGAAACACAGCGUGCAGCAUGUGCUCGAUUGGGUCCGUUUCUACAACUCAGGCACUGUUUUUGAAGGAGGAUUUGUGGACGUGUACACCACGGUUAAAAACAUGGACUACCCAAGAGACAGCGAGACUGGCAACAUCACAGCAGCUAUCCACCCUCAACUCCAGGACCGAGACUUCUGCCCGCUCCACCCCGAAGACCCGCUUUUCCAGACUUUCUCGGGUGAAACACUGAGGUACAAAGGCAAAGAACCUCUUUAUCCUUUCUUCAUCAAUGAAUGUGCUUAUUACGAGAAGGGCAUCGCCCUCUCGCUCGCGAGAAAAAGACUCGUGGCGCUUCCCCGAAUCCGGGUGCAGGCAGAACAGGAGCAACAAGCUAACGAACAGGGAUUCGCAUCGGAAGAGGAGUGACACGACGAGACUGAUAAACUUUACAAAAAUGUUCCUUUUAUUGAAACGACAGCAGUUGCUUGGAAUAUGCAUGAGUACCCUCGCACACAGUCACACGAUAUUUAUGUGUACAGUUAUUUUAGCUCACAACUGGAGAAUGAACAACAACAUCCAUUGUAGAUUCACAAAAAAACACUCAUACAGUGACAUCUGCCGUUAUAUUUACACUACACUGGAUUCAGGGAUAGAACAAUUUCUUGAAUUAAAAGGCUGAAUAUGCAAAAUACAAUCUGAUUCAUCACACACAGUGCAUGAUCAUUCUUUAAUUUAAUAAACUGUGCGAUUGAUGCUAAUAUAUAUACACACUGGUGGACACAUUGCAUGGGUAAUACUGUAUUUUUUGGGGGACAUCAUCAUCAUCAUCAAAAAAAUAGAAAUUCACUACUGAGCACUACAGCAAUAACAGGAUAUGUUCAACAAUAAUUUAAGUGCAAAGGAAUACUGUAGCUUAUCCCAAUAUGGCCUUUUAAAUUACAUUCAUAAUGCCUCACAGAGAAACACAGUUUCCCUUAAAUCCUGUUGAGUUGAAAUGGUGAUUUAAAAAAAAUAAAAGGAACAAAUAUGAAUAACAUGAAUAAACAACUGAAUCCACAAAACAAAUUUAUAUGAACAUGUGAAGGGCAAAAGACAUUACAUUACAUUGCAUUUA